AUGGAGCAGGACGAGGAGCAUGAAGUGCCCGACAUACGGGAACAAAUGUUUCACAACACGGUUCGAGAGCAUAUCAUCUUCAUGCUACUGUUUCUGUUACUUUAUCUUGGAAGCUACGCACUGAUCAAUCGCUUCCGUAGGCGUGAUCGGGACGACGUGUUCGCUACUGACGACGACGAAAUUACGGUGUACCGCAUAAGCUUAUGGUUAUGCACCUUCUCUCUGUCCGUGGCAGUAGGUGCCGCCCUGCUACUUCCCAUCUCGAUCGCGAGCAACGAAGUGCUCAUCCUCUACCCAAACAGCUACUACGUGAAAUGGUUGAACAGCUCGCUCAUACAAGGGCUCUGGAACUACGUGUUUCUGUUCUCGAAUCUGGCGCUGUUUGUGCUGCUGCCCUUCACCUAUCUGUUUACCGAGUCGUCCGGCUUUAGCGGUCACAAGAAGGGCAUUAUGGCGCGGGUGUACGAAACGUUUACCGUGUUUUCCCUGCUUGCUUUCAUCGUGUUUGCCACAACGUACAUCAUAUCCGCUUUGCGCGAUCCGGAAAGCAACACAUUUCAGGCACUCUUCAAUUUAGCCAGAUGCCAUUUGCCAUUUUUGUACUCGUGUGUGUCCUUUUUAGGUGUACUGUUACUAUUAGUUUGCACCCCAAUGGGUUUCGUAAGACUGUUCGGUGUGGUGGGCCAAGUGCUGGUCAAACCAAACCUUUUGCGCGACGUGAACGAAGAAUUCCACGCCUUCAACAUUGAGGAGGCCACCGUUAAGCGUAAAUUGGCAAACGCCAACCUUAACAUAGAACUAAGAAGCGUAACAACGAUAGAUCUAACGCCUGCCAAACUUUGCUCCGGGCUAGAUGAUUUGUAUCAAAUCAAACCAGCCACUAAUGGCAGUACGCACGAAUCGGUCAAGCUGUUUGAAAGACUGAGAGAGCUAGAGUCUGAACGUAAAGUGCUAGACAAGCAACGCAGUUCUUCGGCACUUCAGAGGAAUCUGGUCUAUCCGAUAGCGAUGCUGCUAUUGUUGAUUCUCACCGGCAUUACGGUCCUGCUGGUAGUGCAGAACACCCUGGAAUUGCUGAUCGGCAUCAAGGCAGUACCGCUGAGCACAAGGCAAUUCACACUUGGCAUCACAUCCCUAUCAAAGCUGGGACCGUUGGGAGCCACACUGGAAGUGUGUAUUAUCACCUACCUGGGUGUCACAUCCACCGUUGGGCUCUACACAAUGCCUUUCAUGCGCAACGUGCGGCCACAGCGGCGUAAAACAUCGCUUGCUCAGCUGAUAGCCAACUGUGGCCUCGUGCUUAUCCUUAGCUCAGCGCUACCGUUACUCGCGCGUAUUCUAGGUAUUACAAACUUCGAUCUGCUCGGCGAUUUUGGCCAGAUCGAAUGGCUGGGCAACUUUCUGAUCGUGCUGCUGUACAAUGUGAUCUUCGGGACGGCGGCUACGCUCUGUCUGUUUAACAAGUUCACUGCUACCGUGAGGCGAGAGUUGUGCGCUCGGCUGAAAGCAUUGUUUGACUAUAGUAGUCAUAUCGAGCUGAGCAUUUAUCAGAACGCCGGUCAGCUGAACCAUCUGCAUCCGGCGGCCUAUACGUCGUCACAGCAUCCCCAUACCAGCCAUGUCGUACAACCUGUCGUUACCGUCGCAAACGAUCCCGUCGGCCAAGAUCAGCAACAUUUGAUUACGGUAGAACAGGGAACAACCACCACUGCCGUGCAUCAUCGUCAUCCUCACGCAUCCAGGGCCGAUGGGAACCACGAUAACAUUACCAAAGAAGAACCUCCUUCCAUGCAUCUUACCAACGGGGUAGAUCAUGUGGACCACAAAAAGACACGUUAG